CGGGUGACUAGACCAGAAACAGCGUGCAGCUACAAAGGGGAUGCGCACAGGCUCGAAGAAGCAGAGGAUCCAGCUGCUUGACGAGCUUAAGGAUGUGCUGCAGGCUAAUGAUGCAUUCGGACCCAAGGCAGCAGAGGCGCUCACAAGCGACCUCAUCACAACGUCCCUGCUCUUCUCAACUGACAGGGACUCAAAGCGACGUAUCAUGACGCUUGCCGCUCAAUUGAUGAGUCAGGCACCGCAGUCAACUACAACUACAGUGCUAAGAGAGGUCGAGCGAAGUAAUCAAGGGACUGGGGCAACCACAAUUGCUUCCAAUGCUCUGAUCCUGGUACAUUGGGUUUGCGUCUUACUUGAGUCUCCGGAACUACCAGAGGACUCUUUGUCGGCGGUCAUUCAGUAUCAGGCGAUUUUGCUUGACCAAUGCAGUAUUCCCGGCACAAAGGAAGGUCUGACGCUCUCUGCUAGACGACGAACGAGGGCUUGUCUUAAAGCAUGCCUGGCUCGAGACGGGGCGGAGAAGACACUUGCACAGUAUGCAUCUGCUUUGCUUGGCGCAUCCGCUUCUCCUCGUCAUGCCAUAUUGCUCGGCCAAUUGGUUGAGGAGCUACAACCAUCUGCAUCUGCUGCACUUUCGGACCUGCAGGGCCAAUUGCUAGAAUACUAUCUCAAGACAUUCCUUUCAUCAAAGACUGCAAUCAGCAAACAUAGUGCGGAAGGCUUUGCAUCGGUGUUUAAGAGUCUAUCGCUCGAGACUAUCUCAGAGGAUAUCGUGCCAGCUCUCAUCAAAGGACUUCUCAGGGCACCUGAAGUGGUAGCUGAUCCAACCUUGACGGCAUUCAUCAAAUUUGCUCGUCCUGGAGAUGAGAAUUGCUCUGCUCUUUUGGCUGAUCGACUUGCGAAACCAUUGCUCGGCGUCUACAAAAGCUCAAAUGCCAAUACGAGAGCGAGUGGGCUUGCAGCCUUCAAGACGCUAUUGUCUCGCACAGGGCUGUCGAUUGAUGAACUCAUCUCACAGUUGACAAAUGCCAUGACUGCGGAUCGUCCAGGCGUUGACCAACGUCUGAUUAUUGUUCAGACUUUGCAAGCUGUCCCUCUGACGGCCUCCAGCGCAUCACUCCUGCUAGACGCAUCGGCGACUUUACUAGGCAAAGAGAGCGCCGAACCCGUACAGUUGCUCUUGAUUAGCUGUCUCUUGCAUGCGCUCAGUCAUCAACAGAGCCAAGGGCUAGAGGUGCCUUCAAAGGCGAAAAUACUCAUCCGACAAGGAUUGCAGGACAAGAAGGCAAAUAUCAAAUCUCAGUGGGUCUGUGGAUUGGCUGACGCAAAUGUUGCACAGCCUGGUGUGGUCGACCAGGUCAUUCAGUCGCUUGCCACUGAGUUUUUGGCGGUGUGGCAGGCAGAUAUUAAGGCACCAUUACAAACGCAUCAAGCAGGACUCAUUAUGAGCACCUAUGCUCUCACCCACCUGCUUCUAACAUAUUCUCAACGCUCGCCAGGAGUUUUGCCAAAAUCAUUCCGAGAGGCAAUUUUCGCCACCGAGCCAUGUUUUGUCUUCUGGGAAAAGCUCUUCAGCAAGCUCGCCAAGGCUGAAGAAGUCAGGUGGUUGCAUGCGCUGACGCAAGCAACAGCUGAGGUAUCGACUGAAAUUGAGUUCUCGCUGAUUGCACAAGCCUGGGCAAAGGUAGUUCUGUGCCUCGACUCACAAUCUAUCGUCAAACUCAAGCGCUCCACACUUGAGCUUACCCCAGAAAAGAUCAAAAUCCAAUCGCAAAGUAUUCUUGAUAAGACAAUCGAUUACGCGCGCCAGCCAGUCAAAGACUCUGCUCAAUUUGCACGCUAUGUCGCAGGUGGUCUGAGAGCAUCCAUAGCUGGCCUUGGUGACGCAUCCUUUUCAGAUGCAGCAUUUAAGGACGAUCUGUUGAUCCGCAUGCUUGUCAUUGCUCACAUGCCGGCUCUGAAGGAGCAAUUAUCCUGGGUCGAUCUCAUUCAGUCUGCAAAAGGCGACCCAAGUGAGCUCGCUCUCAAGCACACAGAAGAGUUGUUUGCGCUCGCGUUAGAGAGCUUGGAGUUUGACCGCUUAGAAGCCUUCUCUCAAAUGACGCUCGCUGCACUUAAUGCCAUCACGACUCUCGCAUUCAUUAGUCCUACGAGCACGAUUCCGCGCGUCGUUCAAUUGAUCCAAGGGGAUCUUUCGGAACCACUUCUCCAACUCGACGAAGCGGCAACAGGUAUCUGGCUAGCACCCGAGGGACAGACGUAUGUCGAUGUGCUCGGCAAGACUGAAACUGCAGCCAUCAAAGUCAACAAGAAUUCAAAAGACUGGGCAACGCAGGAAUGGGAAGCGCAAGUAAAGCAGCAGAUUGCUGCACGGAAAGCUCUCCCGCGUACACUGCCGAAAGAUGAGAAGGCAAAAGUGGAGGCACAGCUUGAAAAGGAGCGACUUAUUCGCCGACAGGUUUCCAAUGAGGUCUUUCGUCUGCGUAGAAGUACAGCAUUGAUCCGCUGUCUCAAUGUGGGCACUUUUGUUGAACCGCGUCUUUGGUUCAUCAAGGUCAUUGCAAGUUUGCUUGUGACGCUGAAAUCGCCAGCCUCGUCUAUCCUUCGGAGUCUACUUGAAGAAGUCUAUCUCGAUUGCGCGUCGCUCGUCAGUCGACUUGGCCCAGAAGCGCGACUGGUGGGUCUCGCGACACUGAAGACAUUCGAAGACUCUGAUCGUACCGAGCGUCACGAUCUCGUCAAUCGAGUACUGUACAAGUUGCGAUUCGAAAGUGAGCAGAGCCCGUUCGACUAUCUCUCCAUCGCAUACUCCUUGCCCUUGAUCCACGCUGUCCUCAGCCAGCAAGGAAUCGCCUGCAAGAAUGACGAGCAGAUCGAGGAGCAACUCUUUUUGUGUCUAGAGUGGUACAACUUCAACAGCGCCCUGUUCACAGAAACCGAUUUCGAUCGGAAAGCCUGCAUACAAGCACUCGUCACAGUCCUGGAGACGCGCCCUCUGCAAGGUGCAGAAGCUAAACAAGCCUUACAAGCACUUCUUGAUGUCAUGGCCGAGAACGCCAAUGUCGAAGAGCUUCAACUUGUCUGCGAUUAUUGCUGCUCAUCAGAUUCGAACGUCCGGCUUGCUGUCCUCCAGUGUGCUGAGCCUCUCAAUUUGUCUGAACUCAACUUUUCACCGGAGCUCUGGCUUGCAACGCACGACCAUGUUGAGCAGAGUGCACUAAUAGCGCAAACAUUGUUCAGGGAGAAUGCUAUGUCUGCUGGUAAGGACACACGGAAACGUACUUUACCAUUCCUCGAGAGUCCGUCAGCAUUCAAGCGUGCAUGCGCAGCUCGGGCUGUGGCGUCCACUGUGCAAAUGGAACCAACCGCUAUGGGAGAAACGCUUGCCUACCUGUUUGAACUCUAUGUGGCUGACGCAACUCCGCCACCACCAGAGAUCGAUCAAUUUGGUCAAGUCAAACAGGUCGAGAGUGCGAAAAAGUCGGGCGAUGUGCGUGUCGCGGUUGCUUUAGCGCUCUACGAGCUAGCACCUCUGUUACAGUCGGUUGGGGACGUUGUUGCUGUCUCGCAAUUCUUCUUCAAGCAGACUGCUGCAACUUCAAUUCCGUUGGCCGAUCCAAACAGUCAAGUACGCAGCGAAAUGCUCAAGACGGCAACUCGCAUUGUCGAGCUGCAUGGCGCAAAGGCUGUCGAACAGCUACUGCCAGUCUUUGAAAAGGGACUUGAUUCUCAUGGUGCUUCUCAGGAAGCUGAUUGGACGCGACUGGCUGCUGUUGUGCUCUUUGGCUCCGCGGCCGCCAACUUGAAGCACAGUGACGAGCGUAUUCCUCGAGUCAUUGAGCAGCUCAUGGCCACGCUCAAGACUCCGAGUGAGUCUGUCCAGCUAGCAAUUGCCGAAUGCUUGCCUCCACUCGUCCGCGCUGUACAAGAUCAGCAAACAAGUAUUGUGGACGAACUCUUCAAACAACUGACAAGUGGUGCUUCAUACGCUGAGCGUCGUGGUGCUGCGUAUGCUCUCUCUGGAGUCGUUCGCGGCUACGGUAUCCCUAUUCUCAAGACGGAAAAGGUCAUGUCAAGGCUCGAGUCUGCCAUGAUGAACAAGAAGGAGUCUAAGGCUCGCCAGGGUGCUCUCUUCGCGUACGAGUGCUUCGCGCAGCUGCUGGGGCCUCUUUUUGAACCAUAUAUUCGCGAGAUUAUCCCACUACUACUGCUCACCUUUGCGGAUAGUUCUGCCGAGGUACGCACAGCGACACAAGACACCGCCAGGACAAUCAUGGCGCAAAUUUCUGGCUUUGGCGUCAAACUGAUUCUACCCUCCUUGCUGUCAGGACUCAAUGAUACUCAGUGGCGCUCGAAAAAGGGCUCUGUCGAAUUGCUUGGCGCAAUGGCGUACUGUGCUCCUAAACAGCUUUCUAUCUCCUUGCCGACAAUCAUUCCCAAGUUGACUGAAGUUUUGAGCGAUUCGCAUGCCCAGGUACGCAACUCUGGAAACGAUAGCUUGCAAGGCUUCGGUCAAGUCAUUCAAAAUCCCGAGGUACAAAGUCUCGUGCCAACAUUGCUCAAGGCUUUGAGUGAUCCCAACUCCAAGACUGAGAGUGCUCUGGAUGCAAUUUUGAAGACCUCUUUUUUGCAUUACAUUGACUCGCCCUCGUUGGCCCUCCUCAUGCCCAUUCUCCAGCGUGGCUUGAAUGAGCGGAUUGCAUCACAGAAGAAGAAGGCUGCCAAAAUCUUUGGUCUCAUGGCGUCUCUCACAGACCCGAAUGAUCUGACGCCUCAUCUGUCUACGCUGAUGCCAUGCUUGCGAAAUGUUAUGGUCGAUACAAUUCCGGAUGUGAGAGCAACUGCAGCAAAGGCGCUUGGUUCUUUGGUUGAAAAGCUCGGGGAACGCAACUUUCCCACAAUGGUGGAUGACUUGCUGGACACUCUGAAUGCUGAUGUUGCUUCAACAGACCGCCAAGGUGCUGCACAGGGCUUGUCAGAAGUGCUGGCUGGCUUGGGACUGGACCGUCUUGAAGAUACACUUCCUCGAAUUCUACGCGACUCUCGAUCUCCCCAUGCAUAUGUGCGAGAGGCAUUCAUCUCUCUGCUCAUUUAUCUGCCAGCAACAUUCGGCUCGCGCUUCUCCCCCUACUUGUCACAAUCUAUCACACCUAUCCUUGUUGGUUUGGCGGACGAUUCUGAAUUCGUGCGCGAUGCCUCGCUGCGCGCUGGUAAGAUUAUGAUUGCCAACUAUGCCACGAAGUCUGUGGAUCUCAUGCUUCCUGAAUUGGAGCGUGGCAUCUUCAACACUACUUGGCGCAUUCGUGUUUCAUCCUUGCAGCUUAUUGGCGACUUGCUCUUCAAGGUGUCGGGCAUCACGACAUCUACAAAGACCGACGACGAAGAUGAGGAGGAAGACUCUGUGGCGACAGAGGCACAGCGCAACGCCUUGAUUGAAGCUCUUGGUCAGGCACGUCGUGACCGCAUUUUGUCGAGUAUCUAUAUUGCUCGCUUCGACACAUUUGCCAUGGUCAGAUCUUCAGCAAUCAAUGUCUGGAAGACACUUGUGGCAAACACGCCCAAGACUGUCAAGGACAUUCUGCCAUCCAUGAUUGCCAUCAUUAUUGAAAAUCUUUCGAUUGACGAUGACGAGAAGCGUGCAGUCUUUAUUGAGACACUUGGGGAUCUCAUGCGCAAGAAUGGCGAAGAGCUUGUCUUGCAGCUUCUACCGGCGUUGGAAGAAGGUCUUCGCUCGCCUAGCGCAGCAUACCGCAUCGGUGUUUGUGUGGCCAUGUCUGAGCUCAUUUCGAAUGGUACAAGCGAACAGCUUGAAGGUGCAGAAGAUGCUUUGACGCGUGCUAUGCGCCGCGUUCUCAUCGACGACAAUCAGCAUGUUCGUGCUGCCGCCAAUAAAGCAUUUGACGCAUUACAGAGCAAAUUUGGCAAGCGCGUUGUGAAUGCAGUGCUACCGGAGCUGCUGAUGAUGUUGCAAUCAGAAGACAAGGCUGAAGCGGCACUUGCAGCCCUUCGUGGCAUGAUGCAAGCACGCGCACAAGUCAUCUUGCCCAUCUUGAUUCCUACUUUGACAAAGGCGCCUCUCAGCAAGUUUAAUAUUCGCGCGAUCGCUAGUCUGAGUCGUGUGGCGGGUGCUGCAUUGACGAAACGUUUGUCUUCGCUUCUAUCUUGCUUGCUUGACUCUGAAGUCUCCGGCAAUGAAGCGGAAGAAUCUGGUGCUGCUUUCGAGAGUGUCUUGCUAUCAACACAAGACGCGGUUGAAGCGAUUGCAAGUAUUAUGAACAUUAUGCUUGACUUCGCAAAACACGAUGACCACAAGAAGCGUGCUGCGGCAUGCCGACACAUGGCAGUGUUUUUCACAGAGAACAAGCUCGAUAUUUCGCGAUAUGUCCAAGACUGGCUUCGUGUCCUGCUUGGCCUCUUUGCAGAUUCAAGUAACUAUGUUGUCGAGGCAGCCUGGUCGGCACUAGAUGCUUUGACCAAGUCACUACGUAAGGAGGAGAUGGGCGGACUUGUAGCGCCGCUGCGUCGAGCAUUGCAAUCCGUCAGCGUCCCAGACACAGACUUGCCGGGAUUCUCAUUACCAAAGGGUCUCUCAGCUGUCUUGCCUAUCUUCCUGCAAGGACUCAUGCAAGGUAAUUCCGAUCAAAAGGAAGAAUCUGCCUUGGGUCUGGGUGAUGUGAUUGUACGCACCAAGCCUGAAGCACUCAAGGUGUUUGUGACACAAAUCACUGGUCCCCUCAUUCGAAUUAUUGGCGAACGUUCUUCCUCCGAUAUCAAAGCUGCCAUUUUGUUGAGCUUGCGAUUACUGCUACAAAGGAUUCCAGCAUCGCUCAAACCAUUCUUGCCACAGCUACAACGCACGUUUACCAAAUCCUUGGCGGAUCCUAUGGAAGCUGUUCGUGUGAGAGCAGCAAAAGCACUUGGUACGCUGAUCACGUUACAAACGCGUGUCGAUCCACUUGUUGCUGAACUUGUUACUGGUGUUCAAGGGGGUGAUGCACAAGUUGCUGAAGCAAUGUUGUCUGCUUUGUUCCAAGUGGUUGGUAAAGCUGCAAUUCACAUGUCGACUGCUUCAAAGCAAAGCGUUGUUCAGCUAGUCAAGCAGUUGAGUACGGGCGGUGCCGCUGCUGCUAGUGGUUCAAGCGAUGUGAGUGGCCGUAAAGCUGCUGAAUUGCUGGGUGUCCUGUUCAGGAACUUGGAGGAUGAUCAGGCCAGGGCGCUUUUGGGGGAUCUGAUCCUAGUUACACCACCAACACGGUUCAGUAUGGUCGCACUCAAUGGGUUACUUGUUGAAUCGGCCGACAAGAUUGCAGAGUUGCCUGGUUGUCCUGGCGACAUUGCGACAUACGUGUGCACCGCUGCACAAGAUGCAAAUCCGCAAGUAUCCGAUUUAGCCAUGUUGGCUGUUGGUAAGUGGUUACUCAACCCACGCUACCAUCGAGACUACCAGCACGUCAAGCAAAUCAUGGCCUGUCUCGCUAGCUGUAUGCAGUCCCCGAAAUCUGCAUCAACGGAUACGAAACGACUUGCGUUGGUAGAUGUCAAUGCCCUUGCUCGACGCUACCCAGAGAUCGUCAGACCGCAUGCUGAAGUGUUACUGGAACCCAUCUUUAGCACCGUGAGGGAUCCCGUGUUGCCAGUCAAAUUGGCAGGUGAACAGGCAUUUGUCAAUGUCCUUGAGAUGCCAGCACAGGAGACAGCCUUGCUUGAUGGGCUUUUGGCAAAGUUGGAGCAUCCUGCAAAGACAAGGAGUAUGGGUGAGUAUGCGAAACGUGUUGCUAGCAAGAUUGCUGCUGCACAGAAUGAGAAGGAGGCAGCUGGUGUACCGCUGCGUGAUGAUGAUAUGGAUGAAAUCUUUGGUGUCAAGGACGAAGACGAGAAUGAUGCUUAGACAUGCAGCUUUUAUAAUUGAGAGAAGUUUGAAAAGAAAUGGAUAGUCAACUACUUGGAUGUACGAGCAAAUGUGAAGGUCAGAUGC